AUGGCAGACCACAUCAUUAAAAAACGUCGGCACAAAUUCUCGCUGUUCCUUCUCCCUCUCCUCGUCUCUUCACUCCUAGUACUUCGUUUGGACUCCUCUUCAUGGGCCCCAAACCUAGCAGACGCCGCCGCCGUUCCGAACCCUAAUACCGAAACGAAGCUUCGGCGAAUCCAGUUCUCGCAGGCGGAGCUGAAUGCCGCCGCAACCCUCCGCGCCGCUCAACGACCGCAAGCCCCGCGCAGGGGCGGCGGAACGGCGCAGUCGGCGCAGCGGGAGCGCACGGAGGCGCCAACCGAGCUCCGCGUUCCCCUCAACGGCGCCGCGAUGAGCAUCGCGUCGCUCAGCGAAAUGCUCCUCGUCCGCCCGCGCGGCGUGGCGCAAGCUCAACCCGCCGCGAAACAGUCAUCCGCGGAAGCAGAUGGUUACGCGCCGUGCCCGCAGUUUCAGCCCUGGAAAGGCGCGCUUUCGCGCAUCUCCGCGUGCAAGUGGCGCAGACCGGAAUCCGCCCUCCCCGCAAGCGCCUCCUCCCCGUCCGUCGCUCUGCGGCUAUUUAUGAUCGAUUUCCUGGAAGACAAGAGAGGCCGCGCGGUUGAGAACGAGUGCCGCGAUCGGCGCUGGAUCUGGCCGCGACCGCUCGUCACGGGCGGAGAAGUUUGCGUCGACGAGGCGGACGAGCUUCAAGUGGACGGUGAUGAUCUUAACGAUGAUGACAAUAACGAGGAAGAGCUUCCGGAGCUCGUGGGCGCGGCAGAGCUUAUGAAGCGCGUGCGCGAGGCGCUGGGGCAGCGGCGCGGGGAGCAGCGGUCGCGGCUGGAAGCGAACGAGGCGGACGAGGUGGGGGAAGUGGGCGCGCUGGGGGGAGGCGGAGUGCUGCGGUUCGAUGACGUGUUUGUGAACUCUAAAGGGACAGUCUUUAACGAGAGCCACGUGUUUGCAGUGGACGCGUGCGGGCAGGGCCAGUGGAACCGGCAGGGCGGCGCAGUGAAGGCGCUGAAAGAUUCGAUUUCCUUUGCGCCGCGGACUCGCGUGAGCGUGCACGAGCACCUGGUGAAUCUCCUGCCGUACGAGCAGGAGGAGGCGGAGCAGCAGGCGGAAGAGGCGGAGGAGGCGGAGAUGGCGGAGCGGGGGCUGCGGGGCACGGACUGGGUGGCGCAGGCGCGGCUGCACAACGGCAAGGAGCGGCUGCUGGCGCGGCUGCUGCCCGCGCUGUACCUGGUGGCGACCGCGCUCAUGCCCGGCGCGAGGCAGUACCCCCUGCUGCUGCGGAGCGAACAUCUUCUGGAGCAUCUGGGUCGCAGCAUGUUCGGGGUGGAGUUGGCGUCUCUCUCGGUGCACCACCUCCCGGCCAGCAGGCAGCAUGGCGACGGCCAUCGCCACCUCUUCUACGCAAAAACACUCUUCAUGCCCGUCCAUGCCAGCAGCGUGUGCGGACUCUCCUCCUCGGGCCGCCCGCGUGCCCCCGACGCUCUCUGGCUGGCCCUCCGCGGCCACCAUCUGCUACCCCCGCAAGGCCUCCCCAUCCUCUCCCCCGACUGGACCCCCCGCCUCCCCGCGUCCGCGCAAACGCAAUCCGCUCCGCCUACCGCGCACCCGCUGCACCACCUCGCGGUGGGGCAAACUCUCCCGGAGGAUUGGGUGGUGGUGGUGUCGCUGGUGUGGAGCGCGCACGUGAUGGAUCGCGGCGGCGGGGGCGUGGGCGACGGGAACAUGCGGACGGCCGCGACACGGCACACGGAGGAGGCGAUGGAGGCGAUUGCGGGGAUGCUGCGCGAGUUGUACUCAGAGGAGCGCGUGGUGGUGUACGAGGAGCAUCUGCCGCUAAGGAAAGCCAAGGCGUUGUUCUCGCGAACGAUUCUGCUGGUGGGACCCACGUCGCCUGCGCUCUCGAAUCUUAUCUUCAUGCCGUUUAACUCCACGGUUAUCGAGAUCUUACCGUACGUUGUCAACGGCUCAUCCGAUUCUAGCAAGAGCAAGGCCGGGGAUCCGCGGCCAGAGGGGAAAUCCGGUGGGAAGUUGUCCAGCCAGCAGAGCACUGCCACGUGGCACUACAGGCUUUCUGAGCGCGUGGGUGUGCAUCACCUGCUGUCCGUGUGCGAUCCCGAGAGGAACCACAUGGAUGAAAGUGAGAUGUGCCACGUGGAUGAGGUCUACGCAACUGUAACCGCAUCGCUGCGGAAGAACCCGGUGCUGCGCGAAGCCACAGGGUUACCACCAGUGACCUUCCCCCCUGAUGACGUCAGCAGAUUAGGGGAUUUCCGCGAUUUCAUCCCGGGGUCGAGGCUGCGGAAGGGGGCGGGCCAGGUGGCGGAAUUUCGGCAGUGGGCGGAGUGUGUGGCGGAGAGGGGGGAGUGGCGCUUCAACGCUACUCCGCGGCCCGCAGAAUCAGCGGAACCGGGCAGCACCGGGGGCAGACGGCGGAACGGCAGGCGCAAGCCGGCGCAGCAUGGGGAGCAAGCGGAGCUGCGGGAACAGCGGGAUCAGCGCGAGGGGGAUCAGCGGGAGGGGGAUGCGCAGGAUCCGCGAGGUGAGCGGGAGCGGACGGGGGCGGCGGCGGCGCUAGAGGCGGCGGUGGAGGGAUCGUCCCUGGCGGUGCUGCCUCUGGCCGACCUCAUUCGCGCGCCGCGAUCCGCGCAGCAGCUGGAGUGGCAGCGAGCGCAGCAGCAGCGAGCCCAGCAGCAGCAGGCGCAGCAGCAGCAGCAGCAGGCAGGCGGCAGGGCAGCAGCAGCGACACCAUCACCAGGAGUGUGUCCGGACUUCCAGCCAUGGGGCUUCUUCUCGCCUGACGCCGCCUCCCCGCACAUCCAUGCGUGCGCGUGGCGACCCAUGGCAGCUGACGGUACCCCCACUGCUGCCCUUCCAGUCAGCCAGAGCAGUGAGAGCAGCAAGAGCAACGCUGUUUUGGCAGCGCUCUCUGCCUUCAUGCAGCAGUUUCUGGCGGACAGGGCGAGCAGUGGGAGAGGCGGCGCUGAGGGUGGGGGGAGCGGUAGUGCGCGUGAGAGCAGCGCUGCUGCAAUGGGUGGGAGGAGCGUGGCCGUGCAGCAGGACUGCCAGCACUGGAAGUGGCUCUGGCCGCGUCCCCUGGUGACACGUGGCGAGAUGUGCUUGGACGAGGACGAGGUGAGGGAAUUCGUGGAAGAGGGGCUUCGGGCAGAGCAGGAGCGACAGCGGAAGGAGAUGGAGAAGCAGAGGGAGAAACAGGGGCUAGUGAAGCAGGGGCUAGUGACAGAUGAGAUUUUCGGGAAGGAGGGGCUAGAGCUGGAUGUUGAGGAGGUAGUUAGACGCACCCAGCAGGCGAUUGACUUUAUAGAGGCUGAGCGCGGGGCGCAGGUGGUGAGUGGCGAGAGAGAAGAGGAGAAACGGAAGGAGAAGGGGGAGGAGGUGGAGGAGGAGGGGGUGGAGGUGGGGAUGGGAGGAGAGAUGGGAGGAGUGGUGGGGCAAGGGGGGGUGGUGUUGCUGCGAGAUGUGUUUGUGGAUGGGAGGGGUGUUGUGUUCAACGCGUCCCAUGUGUUCUCAUUGCAUGGGGCGUGUGUUGGCAUGCGGGGAGGCGGCAGGAAGAGGCAACUUGCAGCAGCGCUGAAGCUUAAGAAGGUGAGGGGCCCCAGGAAGGCUCAGUGUGAGAUUGAGAGGGGUGCGCAGUGUGGAGUGGAGAGGACAGGUGGGCUGCGGUCAGGUGGGCUGCGGUCAGGUGGGCUGCGGUCAGGUGGGCUGCGGUCAGGUGGGCUGCGGUCAGUUGGGCUGCAGUCAGGUGGGCUGCAGUCAGGUGGGCUGCUGUCAGGUGGGCUGCAGUCAGGUGGGCUGCAGUCAGGUGGGCUGCAGUCAGGUGGGCUGCAGUCAGGUGGGCUGCAGUCAGGCACCCCUGUGAGCGUGCACGAGCAUCUGGUGAACCUACUCCCCUAUGAACACGAACAGGAGGGGGAGGAGGAGGGUGGGGGUAAGGGGAGCGGAGGGGGAGAGUGGGUGGCGCAGGCUCGGGUGCACAGUGGGGGGACUCGGGGACUGGUCCGGCUGCUGCCAGUGCUCUUCCUGCUCGCCUCCUCCCUCAUGCCCACUGCUCGUCGCUUCCCCAUUCUGCUGAAUCACCGGCAUCAGCAACAGCGCCUCACCUCUGCCUUUCUCUCCUUCCUCCCCCCUCCCCUUUUCCCCAUCCUGUCCUCACGUCUGCCCAUCAAUCAGCUGCUAUCACAUCUCGGCCCGGAUGUCUUUGGUGUAGACCUCGCCCCACUAGCCAUCCACCGCCCCUCAGCCCUGCUUCACGGCGCCUACAGCAGCAGCAGCAGCAGCAGCGAUGGCUCUUACAACGACCCAGACACUGGCCCUGAUCCCACCGCUGCCACCGCCACCGGCAUGCCUCCCCAUCUUUUCUUCGCCCGCACCCUCCUCCUCCCCAUCCACACCCCCAGCCUCUGCGGUCUCUCGUCACCUCCGCUCACCGCACUCCACUCCUCUCCACCGCGCGCCCCCGACGCUCUCUGGCUGGCCUUGCGCGGUUACCACCUGCUGCCCCCCCACGGCCUCCCCAUCCUCUCCCCCGACUGGACCCCCCGCCUCCCCGCGCCCCUGCAAAUGUCGGCACCUGAAAAAGCACCUGAAGAUUCACCUGAAGUUUCACCCAUAGAUUCACCUGAUGGGCUGGUGGUGGGGCGGGCGCUGCCGGAGGAUUGGGUGGUGGUGGUGUCAGUGGUGUGGAGCACUCAUGUGAUGGAAGGAGGGGGAGGGGGAGGGGGGGAGGGAGUGAGGGAGACAGAGGCAGCCAUGCAUGUGAUUAUAGCGAUGCUCAAGGAGCUGUUCUCUGAUGGGAGGGUGAUUGUAUACGAUGAGCACAUGCCGCUUCUGCAAGUAUUAUCCCCUUCCCUCUCCUUUUUUAUUUUCUUUCUUCCCGUCUUCCUGACGCUCCCCCGCCCCACCCCCCCUGCAGCCAAGGCAUUGUUCUCAAGAGCCAUUCUCCUGGUAGGCCCCACCUCACCCGCCCUCACCAACCUCCUCUUUAUGCCUUUUAACUCAACCCUCAUUGAGCUCCUCCCCUACCCCGUCACACGCCCCCGCUCCUCCCUCCCCCUCUCGCUCCUCCUCCGCUCACCCUACCACAAGAAAGCAGCGGCAGAGUCAGCUCUGAUCGGCCAACCGAGCGCCGCCACGUGGCACUGCCAGCUGGCGGAGCGGCUCGGGAUUCGGCAUUAUCUGAGCGUGUGCGACCCGACGUGGCUGGACAAGAACACGGGGGAGCAGUGCCACGUGGACGAGGUGUACGCUACAGUGCUCGCUACAGUCCGAAGGAACCCGACCCUACUGGCCCUCACAGGGAUCCCCGCAAUCUCCUUUCCUCCCAACGCCUUCCAGCCAACCCCCGAGCCUCCUAUUGAGACCAGCCUCGGCAUCGGUGCCAAACCCAGUGACUUCGCCGAAGGGGCCAGAAGGUUCGGGGAUUUCUUGGAGUCGAGCCUGAUUCCAAACCAAGGGUCGAGGUUCGGCAAUUUCAGCGAUUUCAUCCCGGGAUCGAGGCUACGGAAGAGGACGGGGGAGGUGGCGGAUUUUCGACGGUGGGCAGCGUGUGUGGCAGAGAGGGGGGAGUGGCGUUUUAAUGCCACUCCGCGGGUGCUGCCCUGGGCCGAACGAGGCUUUGACAACUGUGACCUGGUGCACGUCCGGGAUAAGGGAGGCUUGGCCGGAGCUGCUGCCGACGCUGUCGCUUUGGUUCGGGAGAUGGGUCGGGAGGAGUGGGAGCAGGCGUGGAAGGUGAGGGACGCGUUGAAGUACCAGUGGGGGGUUGCUAAGGAGAGGUGUCCGCGCGUGGUUCGUGCAAAGCUAGGCGCCCGAGCCCAGGCCGUUCCAGGUUCGGAGGUUUCCGAACCUGACGAGCUGUUCUCUAGGUUCGACGGGCGGGCACUGUGCGAGCUGGCUCGGCAAAGGUUCGGCGGGCUAAGGAUUGCCUUUGUCGGGGACUCACUGACCCGGGAGGCACACAUCUCCUUUGUACAUAGCAUUGUAACACACGUGCGAAAGCCGGCGAGCGUGGUAACCAGAGAGGACAGUGCGGGGUGGGUGGCGCAGAUGAUUCGGAAGAAAGGAGAUUUUUACACCCGAUCGACAUACCGAUUUGAUGAUGUGGAUGACGGUGGGUGUGGGAAGCUGGUUGUGCAUUACAUUGCAAACCGUCGGCUUGUGCCUGUGUGGGAGGAGAAGAGGGACCGUGUGAGAUGGAUUAGCACGCCUUGGAUGGAGAGUGAGGAGAUCAAGGGCGCUCAUGUGGUGGUGUUGAAUCGAGGCGCGCAUUUCAAAUCCACUGGGCAUGUCGUGCUGUCGGUGUCGCGUGCGCUGCAAUUCCUCCGGUAUAAUUACCCCGAGAAGCUGAUUGUUUACCGGGCGACCGCCCCGGGUCACCUCAACUGCAAGGACUACAACAAGCCCCUUUUCAAGCGGCAGAACGGGAGCGAUUUGCCCUUCCACUGGGGGGAAUUCAAGGUGCAAAACGACGCGGUGCGGCCGGUAGUGGAGGCAAUGGGGGGUGUGUUUAUGGAUGUGGAUCCUCUAAGCGCCUUGAGACCCGAUGGGCAUAGGGGGUUGGUUGAGAAGAUGGAUUGCUUGCAUUACUGCUUGCCGGGACCAGAAGAUACAUGGUCGGAGUUCCUGUAUAAUAUUGUCCAGAGGCUUGUUCCUGUAAAGUAG